AUGCAUUUGCGGAAAAUAUUGAAAACGGAUUCUAAGACCAUUUCUGAUCGGAUGGGAAUUCCCGGCCAAGUUGCAAAACGAUCGAUGAAGCGGAAAUGGCUCAUUGAGGAAGUUGAUUGGCACAACUUUGGUGUCUUCAAUGAUCUCUCAAGAACCUCAAAUUCAAGAACGAUGUCGUACAAAAGCUGGCCAAUCGACUUACAAGAAGAGAGUACAAUGCAAAUUGUUCCGGCUACAGAAAUUACCGAUAACCCGCAAUACUCAAUGUACCGACUGGCAUGGUAUACCGAUGUUUAA